CAAAAUCCCUCUUUUGGUCACUCCAUCAUCCUAACAAGAGCAACCCGACCUACCUCCUCGUGAGAAUAAGAGGCGGCGACAUGAGGAAAACAUCCGGCAACGGUGGAGAAAACCUUCGUCGUCUUCGCUCCGACGUUGAGUCCGCCAUGAAGAAGCACUCAACCGUCGAAGAACUGGUGGAGCACCUUUGCUCCCAGCCCCUCUACAAACGCUGCAAGCGGCGUCCGUUCGCCAAAAGCGUCGAGAGAAUUUUUGAGGUUUUGAGCCGAAGAAACAACGCCAUGGAUGGGUCCGACGGCGGCAGUGGGACUCCUGUUGCGAAUAAACGAAGAAAAACAAACGAGGUGCCGAGAAGCAGCUGCCCGUUGUCCUUCGAGGCCUCCGCCAGUUCUUCAGAUCGAGCUGCUCCGUCCUCCGAUGCAGAGGCGUCCUCGGCCAUGGAUGCCAUCUACGAGGAGAAAUUCGAGCCGGACGUUGACCUGACUAGGUCGCUGAUGCGGGAGAAGCUGUGUAAGAAGUCCCAGGAAUCACGCAGCAGGGGAAAGGUUGAGCAAGUUAUGGAAGUUGAGAUACUAGAUGACAAGGUGCACUUGAUGAAUGAGGUAGGUAAAUUAUCAGGCGGUGGUCAGAGUAACAUUAGUGGUGGUUCCAAAGGUGGAGGGGUUUCUGGUGAGGAGAUUAGUAAGCGUAUGUUUAGGGAUUUUGGGGGGAUUGAUGGAGCUAUUGAGGAAUUGAGGAGGAAGGUCCUUCUCCCCUUCUGUCAUCCAGAGCUGCCUCGCAAGCUUGGAGUUAAACCAGUUACGGGGAUUCUAUUACACGGUCCACCUGGCUGCGGGAAAACUUCAUUGGCUGAGGCUAUUGCUAAUGAAACUAAAGCCUCGUUUUACAGAAUAUCUGCACCGGCAUUGGUAUCUGGAGUUUCUGAUGACGGAAUUGGCGGCAGGCUGAAAUCCCGCCAUAAAGGCCACCAUUGUGACCUGUACCUCGCCAUAACUGCCACCCUUAACAAGUUACUUAUAGUUGGGCAGAAAUCUGCCACGUCAUACCGCUAUGACGGAAAUUUGAUAACUCUACCCAACCUUUUUUGUCUUAUUAAUGUGGGAUCCCUAGAUUUCUUUGCAUCCAUUGCUUAAUGGAGCCUUGCAUGGCUUUAUAUUUUGUCUGUCAUAGGGUAUUAGGUGAUUUAAAUAAAUAUUUGCAGAUUUUCUUUGAUGACAGGUUUCGAUGAAAAUAGGUCACUUUCCGAGUCCAUUGUAGAUUUAAAAUUACCUCUGAGGCUUCCUGUUCUCCUUUUCCUUUCUGAAUGAUUUUUCAGGUGUGUUUAAAGAAAACAUUUGUGACUUAUUCUUAAAAGCAGAGAGGACAGAGCCAUCUAUCCAUAGGGUGCUAGAGCAUUUGACUUAGAAUUUGCAGUUUUUGUUUGAUGAUAGGUUUUCAACCACAUAGUUCUCUUUUGUAGAGGAUGCCUGUUGUGGACUUGAAAUUACUUAUGAGGCUUUCUAUUCUUUUUUCCCUUUCCAAACACUUUUCAGGCGCAUCAGAAGAAAAUAUCCGUGAUUUAUUCUCAAAAGCAGAGAGGACCGCACCAUCUAUUGUGUUCAUAGAUGAAAUUGACGCAGUUGCUGCUAAAAGAGAAAACUCUCGUGGAAUGGAGCUCCGUAUUGUGACACAGUUGAUCACUUGCAUGGAUGAAUCAAGCAAGCUCGCAAAACCUGCAGACCUAAAUGCUGGUUCUAGCAGCUCUGAUUCUAGAUCUCAUUAUGUACUUGUGAUUGGAGCAACCAACAGACCUGAUGCCCUUGACCCUGCGUUGAGGAGGGCUGGACGAUUUGACCGUGAAAUUGCCUUAGGUGUUCCAGAUGAAUAUGCGCGGGUACAAAUAUUAUCAAAGCUUACGUGCAAUCUUAAAGUUGAAGGUGCUCUUGAUAUCUCGAAAAUAGCUCGGUCCACUCCCGGUUUUGUCGGAGCAGAUCUGGAAGCAUUGUGUAAUGAGGCUGGUUACCUUGCAAUGAAUAGAAUCAUGGAUAAGAGAAAACUUGUGCUUUCCAAAGAGCACGAAAAUGUUUCUUGUGAAGAAAUCUGGAGGUCUCCAUUGUCAAACGAAGAACUGGAGCUUGCCAGUAUGACUGUUUCUGAUUUUGAGGAAGCUAUUAAAAUUAUUCAACCUUGUUCUAAAAGGGAAGGAUUUUCUGAUGUGCCAAAUGUGAAGUGGGAUGAUGUUGGAGGUCUUCAUUCACUCAGAGAGGAGUUGGAUCGUCAUAUUAUUAAACCUUUAAGGUUUCCUGAUAUUUAUAAGAAUCUUGGAUUCGACUUGGAGACAGGCUUUUUGCUUUAUGGUCCUCCUGGCUGUGGAAAGACCUUGAUUGCCAAAGCGGUUGCUAGCGAGGCUGGAGCUAAUUUCAUGCAUAUAAAGGGUCCUGAACUUUUGAGCAAAUACGUUGGGGAAAGUGAGUUGGCCGUGCGGACAAUUUUCAGUCGAGCAAGGACAUGUUCUCCAUGCAUUCUUUUCUUUGAUGAGGUGGAUUCACUGACAACAAGGCGCGGUAAAGAAGGGGGAUGGGUUGUUGAAAGGCUCUUGAACCAGCUCCUUAUAGAGCUGGAUGGAGCGGGAAGGAGGAACGGUGUUUAUGUAAUUGGUGCUACAAAUAGACCAGAUGUCAUUGAUCCUGCACUGCUCAGAUCUGGAAGGUUAGGGAAGCUUCUAUACAUCCCUCUACCUAGCCCUGACGAGCGAGUGAUGAUCUUGAAAGCUCUUGCCCGGAAUAAAUUGCUAGAUGCCGAUGUGGACCUCAUGGCCAUAGGGACAGAUGUGGCUUGUGAAAGAUUUAGUGGUGCUGAUCUUUCUGCUUUGAUGAAUGAAGCUGUACUGGCUGCUGUUGAGGAAAUACCACUGAUUAGAAGUUCCGGUGUACCAUUGGCCAUCAAAGCCACACAUUUCAAGAAAGCAUUGGAGAAAAUCUCUCCAUCUGUUUCAAAUGAGAAAGGGUACUCCGUACCUAGGUCAUGUAGUUGA